CUCACAAUUUUGUUUCUUUCCUCCUUUAUAGUUGUCUUUAGUCAAGACAACCACAAAUGCCAUUGUUAUGGAUUGGAUGGCAAGGUCUAUAUAUACGUGUAAGCUAGACAUAUGUGUCCCAUAGGUAGAACUCUGCUAAACCAACCUUGCAUAACUUGAACAACACAUAAUCGUUCCCACCUUAUCAUUCUUUCCAUACCCUCCCAUGGAGACUUCCCAACCUCUCUCCAUUGAAAGUUUCUCAUACAGUUGGUUAGUAAACCUAAAGCCUUCUUUUGAAACCCUUGACGACUCGCAUAGAUUCUCCCUCGAUGCAUCCGAUGAAGCUUACUUCAUCGAGAUGGACUUACAAUCACCAGCCUCAAAGCGAUUUUUCACACGUUCUCAAGACUUGAACUUUGAUUUUCCUAUAUCAAAGUCUCCUGUAUCUCUCGUUCAUGCCGAUGAGCUCAUCUCCAAUGGCUUCCUCGUGCCCUUUUUUGUCAACCCGUUGAAAAUGGAAGCAUGUAAUGCAUCAUAUUCUACUCCGACCACACCAAUUUCUUCACAUGCCCAGAAAACUAUGCAAUCAGCUAGCAAAAUUCGUUGUUUAUCAUUGAGUAGGUGUCGUAGUUCGUCAAAGCAAAUAUUUCAGAAAUACUUGGAUUUUAUUAGGCCAGUGUGUGAGAAAUUACGGGGCCGAAGAUCUUGCUCCAGAAAUGAAGCUGUUGAUACAACUGUGGCUUACUCUGUUGGUAAUUGGCGCCGAUCUUGUGAUUCUGAUAGCUCAAUAUAUGAAGCAGUCCUCCACUGCAAAAGAUCAAUUGGUCAAUAAAUGAGGCUAUUGUGAGGAGAAACGAAGGAAAAGAGGUCCAAAUUAUGCAAAGAGAAGAAAUGAGAAGUCUCAAGAUGGUAAUUAGGCGGUAUUGUUCUUUGUUCUUGCUUCUCUUCCUCUAGAUAAUAAUGAAUGGUUGCCUUUCAUGGGAAAUGGAAGCUGUAUACAUGGCAAGACACUGAAUUUCUUGCAUCUGGGAAGAGGGAGAAGACGGCUAUUGUUUUAAGGAGAAAUAUUUCUCUUUUCCAUAUAUUUUUUUGAAACUGUUUGGAAUCUCCCAUUUUGUAAAAUUUUCGUGCAGUGAAAUGAAAAUUACUUCAUUCCCGUC